AUGGGGAAGAACGUGGACCUCAAAAUUUCCUUUUCUCGUCAGAGUAAACAUUAUCACCCCGGAGAAGUCGUGUCUGGUGAAUGCGUUUUGCUACUUAAUGACCAUCUGAAGCUUCGCUGCGUCAGUAUUGAGUUUCAAGGUGAAUCUUGGACAUACUGGGAAGAAACGAACCUUUACACUUCAAUUCACAAAAAUGCAGAGAUAUAUUUUCACAAGAAAACCACACUGUUUGGAGACUGUAAGUAUAGAUACACAGCCCCAUUAUGAAAAGUACUUUUUGUUUCACCGCAAUUCAAGGUGGUUUGACGCCGGUUUGUAACCCGUUACAGACACCUGUUGCUAACGCUUUUCAUGUCCAAAUCAGUGAAUUGUUACAGUACCAAGGAAACUCUGCUUUUGGUGCUGCUUCCUUCAAAAGUGGGAAGUUACAAGCAGGAAAUCCAUCAGGAGAAAAAAUGAACUAAGGGACUGUGCAAUAAUUAUCAGGAAGGGGGGCUGAAAAACUAGAGGGGGGCAUUAUAUAAAAUUGCUGACAAGAUAUGGGGGGCUCAAAGUAAAAUCACUCAUUUGACGGAGGGGGGCCUUACGUUUUAUUCGAAAUGUAACUAAAAUUAAACGCAAUAAAAGAUUCUCAAUACAGGCAUCAUGAUAGACUGUAACAAAUAUCAAUACGAACAGCUAUUAAACGAUUAUUGAAAAUAUUCCAUCAAAAUGAAAAGCAAAUUCACAACCGAUCAAUUUUAACCCGUCUUCUAAUUAAUUGAGCUGAUCCUAUGUAAAGCAAAAAUCAUGAGCUUGUUUUUCAGCUUCCCCAUAAAACAAUGGGAAUCAAACAGAUCUCGUAGACAAGCUUUGUCGGUUUUUGAUGUGAAUAAAAGUAAUGUUUCUUCAUCGACUGAAUCGAUUUGCUGAAUUCCAUAUAUAUAUGGCUCAUAACAAAGUUCAACAGGCUCUCCUCUCGAGGAUCUAAGUAUGAUGCAAGCUCUUUUUCGUCUGUUAUUUGAAGCGUUCAAUCUCCUGUUCUUUGAUUUUUUUCUCUGCUCCUUUCUCUUUCUGGCUUCAGAAGUUUUAGAUUUUGAGCCAAUGUGGUAAGCACCCCGGUACUUAGCAAAUGCUUUGUAUAAAUCUUCAAUCAAGCGAUCAACAUCCUUCUCGAUACUAGAUGUUACGUAAUAACGUUUGUCAUUAUUGAAGCAUGACAUUAUAAAAGGUAUUUACUUAAAGGCAUCUAUGGUAAUGGUGGCGGUGAGGUGUGUGUGUGUGUGUGUGUGUGGGUGGGUCGGUGGUGGGAGGGGGGUGCGACGUUAUUUCUAACAUAACAGAGGGGGGUUAGAACUAUUUUUUUGUUGUUUUGGAGGGAAGGUACUGUCUAAGUUUUUGCUAGAUAACUCUAGUUUUUCAGCCCCCCACCUCCUGAUAAUUAUUGCACAGUCCCUAAGUAUUAUAUCGGCUAUUGAAUAUUGGCAAAACAUACUAGCCAUAUGCUACUAAAAGUAAUGAUCAUUACCCAGACUUAACAACGGUGAAGUCAAUCUGGCUGAGUUUUCUUGAUUGAGAUGAUUGACAAAAUGCGGAACUCCGAGUCUUUGCAUUAAUGCAAAAUUCACACUAAUGUGAAUGAAUUAUAUCAUCACAACUACAGAACCGCACGCUCGACUUUUGCUAGAAACGAAAAACGAUUAAAGAUAAGCUCUCUUCAGACGCUGUUUACUUGAAAUAGCAAGUAACCCUCAGCUGGAAUGAGCCAGUUGGAUUCAACAGAGAUAAAUUUCUUAAAAUAUUGUUAUUUUCGUCUUUAUCAUGAAUAAAAUAAAUAUUGUGCCCUAAGGACUUGCCUUCUUCCAAUACUGAUAUAUGCACUGCCAUUAAACAAAAGGUGCGGCUUCACUCAGCUCUCACUUCAGGUGCCUCGUGCGGGGGCCACACCUUUAUGUAGUUCAAAUAAAAAGCAACGUUUCUUUCACUUCUACCGUUUAACUUUCGUUAAUUUUAAGUCUUUGACCAACAUAAAUUAACAAAAAGAUCAGUAACAAAAUAAAACGGUCAAUCCAAGCAUUUGUAAAGAAGCAGCAUCAUAAUUUCGAUUGCUGGUGACUAUCAGGAAUCCGAUUUUUUACCCUAUGGAAUGUCGGUACGACUAAGUAAACCGCGGCCAUGUCAGUAGGUAAGGUAAAGUUUACCCGUUCUCUUCCUUUUGACUGCUUCGUUCGUAAAGUUUCUAAAUAUCUCUUGCGUAUAGGUAUUUUCAAACCGUUUGAACCUUUGAAAAUCUCUCUUGCUGUAUGCACUGGCUGCGAGAUUUAGAAGCUUGUAAAUCGAUCUGAUGCAUCAUGUUUUUCGUAGGUUCAGGAAACUCGUUCAUUUUAUCAAGAAUAACAUCCAAUUGUUUUAAUUUUUGUUAUUUUUCGUGUAUUGCCACGUGGCGUGUCUGUUAUUCAGGGUCGGCCAGGGUUUUUGGGUGUACGGUAUACAGGGGCUUUUUAAAUCGGGUAUACGGUUUGGCGAAUUUUUUUCGGGUAUACUGGUAUACCACCACCCCCCCCCCCCCCCCCACCCCUGGCCGACCCUGGUUGUUUCAAAUAUCGUGUGGCGUGCAACUGAAGAGGUCAUAAGACGAAACUAGUUUUGUAAAAUCGCCUAGAUAAAAUAGUGUGUUGAAAGUGGGUCUCCAUUAGAUUUUUCUUUUCUCUGUUGACAUAACAUCCAAUUACAGUAAAACCUAUCUAGUGAAAUUACAUUAAAGUAAAAGUAUCCUGCUCUUUUAGCCAAUGACACAUGUAACUCAAAGUAAAUCCGAGUUCCGACCUAAACCCUUCUGGUUACCAGCUUAAAUGUUCUUCUAUUGCUGAAUUACAAGCUACUCGUAGGAGCUAAACCCCUUAAGGCGAACGUUUCAUGAGAUAAACAUGCUACGCACUUCCUAGUUUAAUGGCCUUUUUCGCCACCAGUCUCCUUUUGUUCAGUGGUAGAGCAGUUGGACAACUAACUGUGUUUAUAGGAAUGAUAAAGGAUCCCUUUCUUUUUAUAGCUAACAAGACGAAAAGCCAGAAGUCAUACCUGUCACCUGGCCGUCACGCAUUCCAAUUUAGCUUCAGAAUACCUCCUUACAGUCUGCCAUCGUCUUUCGAAAGCAAGUAUGGUUAUGUUAGGUACUGGAUAAAGGCACGAAUACACAGGAGGUGGAGAUUUGACGAGGUUGCCAAAGAGAUGCUCAAUAUUUUGAGCGUAGUUGACGUCAACUGUCCUCGUAUGUUGGUAAGACAUACCCAUAUGUUAUAUUCAAGAGACUAUAAAGGGGACAGAGAGGGCAUCCCCCAUAUACACCCUAUUCCAUAGGUAAUUCGUCUCGAGUUAUUUUUAACACCACAGAUCUCAAGGGGGAUUAGACUACAGCCAAUCACAUAGCGCGAAUGUGUUCCGCGUGGAUGACCCACGCUGAGAGCCACGCGUCCUUCACGAAAUGACGCAGAACAAAAUGGGGGAAGACGCGGAGAGCGAUUUUGCUAUUCCUUUUGUCGACGAAAACGACUACAGCGAGAUUUCCGCGAAAGCUGUGUCAGCGAAACCGAAAUUAAAAAAGAAUCGCCCUUCCUCUCUUGUAUAGAGCUAACAGUAGAGCAGGGAAAUCCUUAACACACUGAAUAUUCUCUCAGGAUCAUUUAUAAUUUACAGUUUGAGGAGAGCAAUUUCUGGUUUGAUGUUUAUUUUUUUCAGUCUUUAUAGCGAUUAUUCCUACCCACUUACUUUGUCAAUUGUAGGCGAACCCUCCUAAAGCUGAAUUUCAAGGGACCAUAUUCAAGCCCAGAAAGAGAAAUAAAAUUUCGUCGUUGCUUAUUUACGUCCUCCAUAAAACGCGAAAUUAGGCAUUUUCACGUCGUAGUCGUGCAAAAACGGGAAAGAAAUGAACAAAAAAGUGUGUUGCACAUGCGAAGUUGUUGUUUUGCUAAUGAAACCUAUUGUUUUUUUGACGUUCUAGUUGUCGUCCGCGUCGUUGGAUCUUAAACUCCCUAAACUGUACAAACGACCGGUUUCAAUAGACCGGCGAAAUUUCUCAUUUUAUUAAAGCACUGAGGUUACGACAACUUCGAGUUAAACUGAUUUCACGGGUUGUCAAAGAGUCCAGCGACUCCUUUUUCCCAGGUAAGCGCCGACUCAUUUCGCUUCAAUAUUCAGGAAUGCUCUCGAUCUUUUUACGCUCUCAUUGCCUCUCCCCCGACAUGUUUUGCACGGCGUUUGGUCAUGCGAAACCUCCACGAAACAUCCACGCCUCGCGCGAGGCAACUUUAUCCCGAUUCUAAAAAUAACUCGAGACGAAUUACCUAUGGAAUAGGGUGUAUAUGGGGGAUGCCCUCUCUGUCCCCUUUAUAGUCUCUUGGUAAUAUUGUAUUGCGCCCAUGUGGUUGCACAGAUUUGGCACUUGAAUUUUAUCGAAUUUUUAUCCUCCAUUCGUCUUUUUAAAGUGUUUUAUUACAUCUACCUUAAUCUUAACUACUUCACGUUUGCGGGUAUAUUGAUGUAUACGAGAAAUUUCCUUUUUUUUGACUGCGGAAUUGCUGGAAAUCGACAAGCGAAAACCUUGGUUACGGACUAAUUCACAGGCCCUUGUGAAGGCAAGUAUGGUCAAAUCUUAAGAAUCUCAACUUGCUCUCUCCGAGGAGUGCACAACGUGGGAGGAACCACCUAAGACGUCUAAACGAUAGACCUAUCAGCAAAACUUACGAGAGAAACGGUGUGGUGCAAACCAAAGUAAUUCAUUAAAUAUUCCAGUUGACAUCUUUGCAGCUGAGACAACCUCUCAUGGGACCUUGCAUUCAACAAUCCAUGGAAAUAAUUCUCAGAAAUCAAAAGUAACCUUGGCACACUUGAACGUAUGAUCGUUGAAAACAAGAGAGCAUUUGAUUCAAGUGAGGAAUUUAAUGGAUGAAAAGAAGUAUGCAAUCUGGGCAAUUUCAGAAUCUUGGCUAAAUGCAAGUGUAAAGGAUGCCCAAGCCACCGGCUGCUUACGUUGUCGCUAGGAGCUAUGGGUACUACGAUCCUCGGAGCUUUUUGAGCGACCUUAACAAGAUCCCUUGGUAUGAAAACAUUUUGUCUUACGAUGUAAAUGAGAAACUGCUUCGUUUCAAUAAAGCCUUUUUUCGGGUUCUGGAUAAUCAUGACCUAUUAAGAAAAUUAAAAUAAAACAUUGGAGAUGUCCAUUUAUAAAUGAAGAGAUCAAAGACAAAAUGGCAAAAAGAGAUCAAGCUCAUAAAAUCGCGCCAGAGACAGGUGCUCUUGUAGAUUGGCAGAAUUAUCGGGACUGUCGUAAUGACGUUAAGAGGGUAUUAUGCGAGGUGGAGAGGGAGUAUGUCCAGAAUGAGGUUAAAAAGAAUCAGAGCUCUAGUGAACAGUGGAAGGUGAUACGUAAUUGCAUACCAACUAGGGAGAAGUCGCGCCCAGCGUAUGAUAGGGAUAUGAAAGAACUUGCGACGGAAUUCAAUGAAUUAUUUACGAAGGUGGGAGUAGGUGCAGCAGAGGAAGCCAAAAGACUCGCAUCAGUCAAUGGUCUAACUACUUCACAUCAGGAACUCACUGUCAGUUUUAUGCCCGAAGAAGAUGAGUUUCGACUGAUUUCGGGCUGCUACCUCUUUCGAGAUCAACAGGAUUGUACAAUCAUUCCUUCAAAUAAAGGACCAGGGAAAGAUAAAUUACACAUGGCAGUGGUUAAAGAUGCUCUACCGGCUAUCCUCCCGAUUUUGACCGAGAUCAUUCAAUUUUGACAUCUGUAUUUCCCUCAUCAUGGAAAGAAUCUGAAAUUGUUCCAGUUCUAAAGGAUGGUGGAGAUCCGGAAGUAGCCAACGAGAAUAGACCUGUGUCGUUGUUACCUGCCCUAUCUAAAAUAGUGAACGAGUAGCCUUAAAUCAAUUCACCGAAUAUUCAAUAAGGAGAAACUGUCUCAGUGGACACCAGAGUGGGAAUAAGAAACGGCAUUCGACAAAGACACUCAAUAUUUUUAUGUCAAAUCUAGGCCUGGAGGCAAUGGAUCGCAAGCAAGUCUCUGCCUUGGUGUUAUUAGAUCUUUCCAAGGCAUUUGACAGCAUUGAUCACAUGUCCUUGUUAAAGAAGCUACGUGCAAUGGGUACCUGUAAAGAAGCAAUAGAAUGGUUUGGAAGCUACUUGACCGGAAGAAAACAGUUGGUGAGAAUUGGUUGCGAAACAUCUGAACCCCGCCUAGUCUCGUAUGGUGUACCACAAGGAUCAAUCUUGGACCCGGCAUUGUUUAAUAUCUACAUCAACGAUCUAUCAUCUGUACCUAACGUAGGGUCGGUAGAGUGCUGUGUUGAUGACUCACAGUUAUACAUCUCAUUUCCUGUACGUGAUCCCACCUUAGCCGUGGAUCAGCAGACAGAAGAUCUUCGGAACAUAGCCGCAUGGUUUUGCAAAAACAGUCUACUCAUUUAAAACCCAGACAAGACUAAACUUCUGGUUCUGGGGACUCCUGAGAUGCUGAUGAAGAUACCAGAUGAUCUAAGCAUUACACUACUCAGCAAGGAGAUUACAUCAUCCAAGUCUGCGAAAAACCCUGAGGGGUUGCAAUGGACUGUAAUCUAACGUGCGACGAACAUGUAAUUCAAUUAACUUCGAAAUGUAUAGGCAUUAGCCUUUAUUAAAUAAAUCGCGUAAAAUACCUGUUUGAUAGGCGUACGUUGAUCAUUAUAAUUAAUUCUCUCGUAUUCAGUAAAUGAUUGUAUUGUUCAUCGGUAUGGGCUAAUUCCACCAAGAAAAACAUCGAGCUGUUACAAACAGUGCAAAAUUUUGCAGCCCGGAUUAGUUUCUGGAACGAGGAAAUUUGAUCAUAUGACACCUAUUCUUGAGCAGUUACAGUGCUGCCAAUUAUUAAACAACUUUGGUUAGGGAUGCUACCACGGUAUUUAAAUGCUUAAAUGGACUGGCACCUCCAUAUUUUUGUCAGAAGUUUAAAACCAUAUCGGAAGUGCACAACUGCAACACUAGGAAUAGGGACCGCCUACAUAUACCACUCUCUAGGACGGCUGCAGGUCAGCGCGCGUUUACCUUCAGAGGCCAAAAGCUGUGGAAUAGUCCCCCAGACGAGUUUAUGUCUAUCACUAAUUUAGAUGUAUUUAAAGUAAAAAUAAAACAGCAUUUUUUAAGGGUAUUUUUGGAAAACUAAGUUUUAGAUAUUUGACACUGUAAAUUAAGCUGAAAAGCCUUUUUGAGGAGAUUAAUAAAGUUAUUAUUGUUAACUACUUUUUAAGCGUCAGUAUAUGAACAGAUGUUAACGAUGGAGUAAUUUAGUGAGGACAUUAUUGAGGCAGGAUCGCUAUUUCUUCUUUAUCAUCUCAGCCGAAAAGAGUGUCUCGCAGUUUGGAGGAACAAGGCCAUGACAUUUUUUCCUCAUUUAUUCCACAGGGUAUUCUUCUGGUCCUGGAAAUCUGUGAGCUCCACGCUCUGCAAUUUAUGGAUGCAAAGAUCACACUGCCCUUUAUAGUUUCCUUUACCGAUUUGGUUUAUGCAACUCAGCUCCUUAAUUUAGUUCGCGAUACAAAGACCAAGAAUAAAGCGGCAUUGUUUAUUGUUUUAUAUCUCGUAGAUGACAUUCGUUGACAUUCGCUUUGAGUUAGAUGCGGCAGCUACAGUUCACAACUUGCAGUAGUAUUUUCGCUCCACCGACAAAUUCCUUCCGAGUCUCAUCUUCCUUAGGAUUUUUCUCUAAUUUUUAGCUUCUAGGUAAAGACUCUGCUAAGAAACUUGUGCUUAGUAUUCCAUUUCACCUCACACUAGAGGAGAUUUGCACCGCGCAAGCUUUUCGUUGGCGUGCACCAUCGGCAAAUGGUAGAUAGCUAACUGACCAAUCAGAGCGCGCUCUUUAUCUUUGUUAUUUUAUAACUUUCCUACGCUUCAGUCGGCAUAUCGUCCUAACCAUAGCACUGAAACAACCCAACUCAAAACUAAAAAUGACGUUUUAAUGAACAUGGACAAACGUCAUGCUACGUUUCUUAUCCUUCUGGCGCCGGUUAUUCAAACGUUGGAUAGCGGUAUCCACUGGAUAAGUCACUAUCCAGCAGAUAGCGUAAAUGGUUUUCCCAAUACUUAUCCGCUGGAUCGUGAUCUAUACGGCGGAUAGCACUACAGUAAAAACCCACGAGUAAGAACCUACAUUUUUUGGAGUGAGCCUAAACAGGUUCUUAUUUAAGUAGUAGUUAACACAAUUUUAGGCUAUUUAGCUUCUUAUAUAGGUUCUUAUUUCUGUAAAAAAAACAAAACAAACAAAACAAGCUACAAAACAAGAUGGUAAUCAGCCUGUUUUUCAAUUUCGAACUGAUGCGAUACAACAAUAUUAACCUCUUGCACUUUAUUUUUUUAUUACGUCAAUAAAUUAGCACUUUUAUUUGCAAAGCAAUGCCAAGCUACUAAUUCUCCAAAAGGAUUCUUUCACAGCUUUGCAGCUGCAUUUUUCUAGGCUAAACAGGUUCUUGUUUAUAGGGGGUACAAAUGGCAAAUUUUAGUCUAACAAUGCAAGUUCUUAAUUUCCAGGUUCUUACUCGCGGGUUUUUAGUGUAUUUUACGUUUGAACAACUGGGGCCCGGACCUCAGCGGCGCCUUUCAUACAGUUGACCCUCAAAUUCUCCGAAACCGUCUAUGCACAGAAUUUGGUGUGUCUGGAAAGUCCUAGACUGUUUCGCCUCGUACUUAUCAUAUCGCUUUCAGAAAGUUACAGUUGCUGACGUAUUGUCAGACCGGUUUAGUAUCGAUUUUGGGGUCCCCCCGAGGUAGUUGUCUAGGUCCUCUGUUAUUCGUCAUUUAUUCCAGUAAACACUAGCCCAACGUACAUGCCUAUGCUGAUAAAACUCAUUUAUAUUUGGCCUUUUAACCGGGUGAUUACACGAACGAAGCUGCUGCUGUAUCAUUUAUACAAUCUUAUGCCCGUAAUGUACAGACCUGGAUGCUGAUGGAUGAAUUAAAACUUAAUCCUGACAAAAUGGAAUUUCUUAUCCUUGGAACACAUGACAUCAACUCGACAAAGUAAAGAUCUCACACCUUAUUGUUGGUGAAUUUUGGAUGUAAGUCCUUCAACACAAGUAAAAAACUUGGGAUCGUGGCUUGAUUCUAAUCUAGAUAUGCUUAGUCGUCUCAAUAGUAUCUGCAGCUCGUCUUUUUGUUAUAUAUACAAUAUACGUAGGAUUAGAAAGUAUCUGUCUCAUCAAACCGCCAUAUCCCUUAUCCAUGCGUUUAUUACCAGUAAAUUGGACAACUGCAAGAGCCUAUUAUACGGCCUUCCUACUGUUCUCAUUCAUUAACUUCAACGAGUUCAAAAUGCUGCUGCCAGACUUGUAACUAACACCCCCCUCGUAUCUGUCACAUUUCUACUGAUUUAAAAGGUCUUCACUGGUUGCCCGUCAAAUACAGAAUGAAAUUUUAAUUUCUGUUAUCAACAUUCAGGUGCCUCUAUGGACUAACACCUCAAUAUUGCUGUCGCUGCCGCUGCCCCCCCCUCCCCCCGGAGGUCGCUGCCCAGUGAAGAUAUAAUCUUAGGUCCAGGAAUGCGAUUUUGCAGGUACCAGCCAACAUAUGGUGCUUACCUACACUUGGUGACCGAGCCUUACAGUCGGCAGCUCCCAAACUGUGGAACGGUCUUCCGGCGGAGAUCAGAAACAUUCAGAGACAUAUCUUUUAAGAGAGCUCUCAAAACGUACUUUUUUAUGAGAGCUUUUAAUUGACUUAUUCUUAUCUUAUCGUGUGUAAUGCGCAUAUGACAAUAUUUUUUUUGUGUAUGCGCAAUAAAAGUUUCAUAUUUAUUAUCAUUUGCUAGAUGCCAACACUUGGAGAGGCUCAGAAAUCGCUCAACUGCCUGUGCAAUGGAAUGGCCUCCCCACUCAAGCUAAUAGCGGUCACUGAUAGAAGUGCGUACUGCCCCCGAGAGCGUGUAAUGCUGACAACCGAUAUCAAGAACCUGCCUCUGACCCAGACGUACUAUACAUCAAUAUUUCUCAUGCAAACAAUCACUUUUAAGUCCCGCUGUGGCAAGUUGAGAACAGAACGAUGCCAGCGAAAACUGAUCCGGCGGUCUUCGCUCUCAUGGGCAGUCGACGAGCUGGAAGUCCCGGAUGUUCCUCCGACCAUGAAGAGUUGUGGGAUUCUAUCCAUAACAUAUCAUAUUAAGGUUAGUCAAGAUAUUGCUUAAGUGAAAAUGGCGUUCAUUUUAAAAAAGUAAAGUAUGAACAAAAGUGCCGUUCUUUCCAAACUGUUUCGGGCCUGGCCCUUACAAGUACGUUAUUUUGUAUACGCCAUGAAUUAAGAAAUAAAACUUUGAAGUGUGCGGCCUAGCCUUUAAGCGCUUCCGUUAACCGUUUUCUCCGCAGAGCAUAAUUCCGAGCGUCGUUGAUAGAGUGACCAACCGUGUUAAAAAGUUCGGCAACAGGAAAACCCAACAAUUCCUUCUCAAUGCCUCGAAGGUGCACGCUAAAACGUUGUCUUAGAGUACGCCCAGUUUCGCCGAUAUAGAUGGCAGGGCAAAGGCGACAGGAGAUGCAGUAGACUAAGCCAGACGUUUUGCAAGAACACGCCUUCUUGAUUACAAAAGACCAUUGAGAACCAUGGACGAUUUCUACCUGCAGCUGUUUGAUUUGUUAAGAAAAUGUCGUCUCUCGAAAAUGAAGCUAAACGGAACGCAUAAGGCCGGAUUCAAGUCUUACAACAUUGAAUAGUUAAGGAUAUUGCUGUCCAAUACUAAUAGGCGUUAGUCAACUUGUCCCGCUGUUAUGCGUGAUUUAUUAAGAUCCUUACCAAACUCUUUUGCUGAAAAUAUCAGACUGGACUGAGGUACAAAUCACGUCCAAAACACACUUUACACUGCAAACAGUUCAGUUUACCUUGCAGGCUUUCUUGAUUGUUUAUGCUUCUUUCAUUCGUUUCUUAGCUGGUUGCAUGGGAUGAACUGAUUCAGGUUUGGGGCCUAGGGAAUCACCCUCUCUCCUUUUCUAUUAAACAGUUUUGUGUCAAUUUUAAAGAAUUAUUGGGAAAAAUAAUAGUAUCUAUUGUGCUUUUGUAUUUUCUCCUAAGGUAGUGCUGACAACAGGCGAAUCUAAAGGAUCAAAUCUAGAGGUAGAACUGCCUAUAACCAUCGGAACAGUUCCCCUUAGGCGCUCGUAUGGAAUGAUUAACAGACUAAUGCCCUUGGCACAUUUGAGUAGGAGUUACAGUGGAGAGUCCAAGACUUUUGUCACCAUCAAAAGGGGU